GAUAUACUCCCUCCGAUCAUCAAGGACAAAGCUCAACGAUAGUCAUCGUCAUUCCCUCACUGACAUCAGAAACUCAAAGGUUUUUAAUGGCGAGGCAAAGGCCUAAACAGUUGGAACCAAACAGGAUUGGUUCUUCCAAGCUGGGUUUUGAUGGAGAAGAAGACGGUUGGGUUUUUGUUAAGAAGCAGAGAGUCAUCAUUGUCUUGCCUUCUCUUCCGGUAACUGAGCCUUUAACUCUGGAGAAGCCGCCUGCAACUUCUCAUUCACAACCUGAGCUUAGAGAUUUUGUUGUUGCUGAUACUCAAGAAGGUGCUCAUGUGGUGGUGGGGCCUUCUCUUCCUCUACCUGAGCAAUUCGUUUUGCAGAAGCCUGAGACUUGUCAGUCACUAGUUGAGCUGAGAGACGUUAUUGCUAAGGAUAUACAUGGAACUACUUCUUCUCAGACAACGGUGCCUUCUCUUCCUAGACCUGAAGAUAUCAUUUUGCAGAAGCUUGGAAGUUCUCAAUCACAGGCUGUGUUAGGAAAUGUAGUAGCGGAUAAGCAUGAAACUGCUCCUCUUCAUACAGUAGUGCCUUCUCUUCCGGUAACUGAGCAUGUCGCUUUGCAGAAACCUGCAACUUCGAAAUCCCAAGCUGAGAUAAGAGCCGAGGAGAUGCGCAAAGCUACUUUUGUUCACACUGUGGUGCCUUUACUUCCGGUAACUGAACACAUCCCAUUGCAGAAACCUGCAACUUUGAAAUCACAAGCUGAGUUAAGAGCUGAGGAGAUGCGCAAAGCUACUCCUGUUCAUACAAUGGUGCCUUCUAUUCCGGUAACUGAGCAUAUCACUUUGCAGAAACCUGCAACUUCGAAACCACAAGCUGUGUUAAAAGCCAAGGAGACGCGAAAAGCUACUGUGGCUCACACUGUGGUGCCUUCUCGCCCGCUAACUGAACAUAUCACUUUGCAGAGACCUGCAACUUCACAACCACAAGUUGAGAUAAGAGCAGAGGAGACACGCAAAGCUACUCUUGCUUACACUCUUCCGGUAACUGAACCUAUCACUUUGCAAAAGCCUGCAACUUCGCAAUCACAAGCUGCUAGCACUGUGGGGCCUUUUCUUUCAGUAACAGAGCAUCGCACUUUGCAGAAGCCUGUAGCUUCUCAGUCACAAGCCUUAAGAGCCGAGACGCUCAAAACCACUCGUGUUCAAGCAGUGGUACCAUCUCCUCAUGUGUUUGACUAUUGCACUUUGCAGAAACCUGCAACUUCGCAAUCACAAGCUGAGUUAAGAGCCAAGACGCGCAAAGCUACUCUUGCUCAGGCAGUGGUGCCUUCUCUUCCUGUACUUGACCAUUGCAAUUUGCAGAAGCCUGCAACUUCUCAAUCACAAGCUGAGUUAAGAGCCAAAGAGACGCGUAAAGCUACUAUGGUUCAAGCAGUGGUGCCUUCUCUUCCUGUACUUGACCAUUACAAUUUGCAGAAGCCUGCAACUUCUCAAUCACAAGCUGAGUUAAGAGCCAAAGAGACGCGUAAAGCUACUAUGGUUCAAGCAGUGGUGCCUUCUCUUCCUGUGCUUGACUAUUGCACGUUAAAGAAGCCUGCAACUCCUCACCUACAAGCUGAACCGAGAGACUUUGUAUCAGAUGCUCAGGAAACAGCUGAUUUUCAAGCUGUAGACAAACCGGAAAGAGUGAUGGAUCGCAGGAAAGCUCCAGGUCCAAGGAGAUCACUGCAAGAUCGUACAAUGGAUCCGAAUAAAAGGUUUGCAGUUCACAGGACCCGUGGGGCAAGUCACAAGCCUAUAAGGUUUCCUAGAGUGAUGUGCAGCUCUGUGGUUAUGGACAACGAGAAGCUGAGAGUAGUGAAUCUAGAGAAGAAGGUUGAGAAAGCAGGAGGGUUGAACGAAUGGGUUGGGUCUAUAGGAUUAGGGAGAGAGUUUGAGAGGAUGCUGAGAGGACAGAGGAUGAGUAAGUUUCAAAUGGCGAAUUUGACAAUGGAGAAGCUUAAGCAAAUGGGUGCAUUAGCCGUUGGACCAAGAAGAAAGCUUAUACAUGCUAUUCGUUGUGUCUAUCACCCACAUUGUCUUCGUGCUUCCUUUAACUAAAAAUACAACAUCUUAUCACAGUUUAGUCUUUCAUUGUCCAAUAAAAGAUACUUUGAUAUAAGCUUGUUUGAUUAGAGAUUUUUAAUCUUUUAAUGGUUAAAGUUUAGGCGUGUUAGGUGGAUGGUAGAGCGCUCAAAUCUCUGGAUAUUCGGUAGAUUAAGGCCUUUUCCUAGAUUUGUUGGUGUUCCUAAAUUUAUGUUCAAGUAUCUAAUUAGAGCUAGCCGUUAUUAAGUUUUUGUCAAUGAAUGGAAUCAAGGUUAUUGAAAAAUUCAAUGUUA